AUGAACCCCCACCAUCCGGGCCACUCCGCAGCCUACCCGCACCACCCCUCGUUGUCGAGUAGUCCGCACCAUCCUGGGGCCGGCGGGCCCCAUCACGGAGGAUACGGAACCCCUGGAGGUGGCAAUAGUGGCGGCGGAAGUGGCGCUGGAGGUGCCAGCAGCGGAGCAGGGAGCAAUAGUACCUCGACACCUGACCUUCCGAGUCCUCACUCGCCGCUAAGUCACUCAGGACAGGGUGAUCCUGGCACUCCCUAUGGUUCCAUGUCUGGCACUCCGGGAAUGGGCAGCAAUGGACAUCUCCACGGCGGCGGCGGAGGCAUGAUGGGUGAAAAUCCUCACCACUCCGUUCACACACACCCCCACUUACCAGGACACCCUGCGUAUCCUCCUGUUAAUCACAAUAACAACAAUUGCUCCUUAAAGCAAGAGCCAGGUGUAACGCCUAUACAUCAGUGUGCGGGUUGUGGCGGGAUGAUAAAUGAAAGGUUUUUACUCCACGCGAUGGAGCGUUAUUGGCACAAUAAUUGUCUCAAGUGUAAUUGUUGCCACAGACCCCUGGCCGAUUUGGGCACAUCGUGUUACUACAAAAACAACAUGAUCCUCUGCAAACCCGACUACAUGAAUAAACUAAAAUAG